GCGGGGCCGGAAGUGACGCCAUCACCGCGCGCCGGGCCCGCCCCCGCAAGCACCUACUUCCGGGCGACGGCGCGGCCCGCUGUCUCCCUGUGUCUCCCGCGCGGCCAGGCUUCCCGGCGCGAUGGGCAAGAAGGGCAAGAAGGAGAAGGGCCGCGGGGCGGAGAAGACGGCCGCCAAGCUGGAGAAGAAGGUGGCCAAGCGCUCGCGGAAGGAGGAGGAGGACCUUGAAGCCCUGAUCGCCCACUUCCAGACCCUCGAUGCCAGGGAGACACGGACCAUGGAGACGCCGUGUGCCCCACCCUCCCCAAGGUUAAAUGCAUCACUCUCUGCUCAUCCUGAGAAAGACGAAUUGAUCCUUUUCGGAGGUGAAUAUUUCAAUGGCCAAAAAACUUUCAUGUAUAAUGAGCUCUAUAUCUACAAUAUUCGAAAGGAUGCUUGGACUAAAGUGGAAAUCCCCAACCCACCUCCAAGGCGCUGUGCACAUCAGGCUGUGGCGGUGCCCCAAGGUGGCGGACAGCUGUGGGUCUUUGGAGGGGAGUUUGCGUCCCCAGAUGGAGAGCGGUUCCACCACUACCGGGAUCUCUGGGUCCUGCAUUUGGCCACCAAGACCUGGGAGCAAGUCAGAUCAACAGGGGGGCCUUCCAGUCGUAGCGGACAUCGGAUGGUAGCCUGGAAGAGGCAGUUGAUUCUGUUUGGUGGUUUCCAUGAGAGUGCAAGAGACUACAUUUAUUACAACGAUGUGUACGCCUUCAGCCUGGACACGCUCACGUGGACGAAGCUGUCCCCAGCAGGUACCGGGCCCUCCCCGCGUUCAGGCUGCCUGCUGUCCGUCACCCCACAGGGUUGCAUCACCGUCUACGGAGGCUACUCGAAACAGAGAGUCAAGAAGGACGUGGACAGAGGCAUCCUGCAUGCGGACAUGUUCCAGCUCAGGUGCGAGGAGGACAAAGCAGGCAGGUGCUCGUGGACACGCGUGAACCCCUCUGGGGCCAGGCCCCCACCCCGCACGGGCUUUUCUGUGGCCGUGGCCCCUGGCCACCAGGUGCUGCUCUUCGGGGGCGUUUGUGACGAGGAGGAUGAGGAGAGCCUGGAGGGCGACUUCUUCAACGACCUGCACUUCUACGACGCCACCAAGAGCCGCUGGUUUGCAGGACAGCUGAAGGGACCAAGGUCCGAGAAGAGGAAGUGCCGGCGAGGCAAGGAGGAGGAGCCCGAGGCAGGUGGCCAGCAGCACCGUGAGGACACCAGCACCCAGCAGCCCCUGGAGGUGGUCAAGGAGGUGGUCACGGAGGAUGGGACCGUGGUCACCAUCAGACAAGUGCUCGCGGCGCCCAGCCCCAUGGAAGGGGCGCACUGCCAAGAUGAGGGCGGCUCUGCGGAGGCUGGUGGGCCCGUGGUGGAGCCGAGCCCCCGCUCCAACGCCCUGCUGGCCGUGAAGCACGGGGUGCUCUACCUGUACGGCGGCAUGUUCGAGGCUGGCGACCGCCAGUUCACCCUCAGCGACUUCUACUGCCUCGACCUGCACAAGAUGGAGGCGUGGAAGGCCCUGAUGGAGAUGGACCCGAAAACCCAGGACUGGCUGGAGGAGACAGACUCGGAAGAUGACAGCAAUGAGGUGGAGGAAGGGGACGAGGAGGACUCCGAGGAGGACGAGGAGGACACAGAGGAGCAGCCCUCGCCGGCAGAGCCUGGUGAGCAGCUUGCUGAGUAGCUGACACGCAUGGAGCUGCCCACAGCGCAACUCGUCCGGGACAGCGCGGGGCUGGGUGUGAAGGGGAGGACGGUGCUGAGAGCAGCCCACGCCACGGCGAGAACUUUUUUUGACAAUUCAGUUUCAGAUGCUACGUGGAGACAAAAGUAAUUAAGUUGAGAAAGUGUGGCUGAUUUCCUUUGGCUUUCUGGGUGUAACUGAAAUAAAUUGGAUUUGUAACAAGGUG